AUGUGGAAAAGGUCACUUCUGACAAUUAGUAAUAGAUCAUAUAUAUCAUUACUAGUGACUCAGAAUAGUUCGUAUUCAAGGAUUAUAUCAACUACCCUUCAUAGAAAUAACCGAUUAAUAAUACAAAACAAUUUUCGAUCAUAUUCUAAAGGAUAUCGAAGGAAUAAAGGUAUUACAAAAAAUCAAAAAAAUGAGAAACCUAAGAAACUUACGUUUACGAUACCAGAUUAUAUAUCUGUUGAUAAAUUAUCAAAUUUGUUGAAUUGUAGAGUGCAAACAGUGGUGAAAGAUUUGAAGAACCUGGGGUUUAAAAACAUUACAAAUGAUUAUAUUAUUAAUAAAGAAUAUAUUGAAUUGAUCCUUCAAGAAUAUAACUAUGAAAUACCAUCUUCAACCUCAUCUAUAACGUCCACAAAUGUUUAUAAUGAGUUGAAGGAUCCAUUGAAUCCAAAAUUACUUGAAAGCAGACCUCCUAUAGUGACGAUAAUGGGUCAUGUCGAUCAUGGUAAGACUACUAUCAUUGACUAUCUUCGUAAAUCAUCUGUUGUAUCCCAAGAACAUGGUGGUAUUACGCAACAUAUUGGUGCAUUUCAAGUGACAACUCCUGUUUCAAAGAAAAAAAUUACCUUUUUAGAUACACCAGGACAUGCUGCAUUUUUAAAGAUGAGAGAGAGAGGUGCUAAUAUUACAGAUAUUAUUGUAUUAGUGGUUUCUAUUGAAGACUCUAUUAUGCCACAAACAAAAGAAGCUAUUAAACACAUUAAAAAUUCAGGUAAUCAAUUAAUAGUGGCAAUCACUAAAAUAGAUAAAAUUGGUAAUAUGAAAGAAAGAGAAAAGAAAAUUGAAAAAGUGACAAAUGAUCUAAUUUUAAAUGAAAUUAUGGUUGAAAAGAUUGGUGGUGAUGUACAAGUAAUUCCAAUUAGUGCAAAGGAUGGUGAAAAUAUGGAUCUUUUAGAAGAAUCAAUUAUUUUAUUGAGUGAUAUGAUGGAUAUUAAGACAGAAAAUUCACGAAAUACAAUGUCAGAAGGAUUUGUCAUAGAAAGUGAAAUGAAAAAUACUAUUGGGAAUGUGGCUACAAUACUUGUAAGAAAAGGUACUUUAAAUAAUCAAUCCAUAUUAUUAUGUGGUAAUACAUAUUGUAAAGUAAGAAGUAUCCUCGGAGAUGCAGAAAAAAAAGUCCCUAAAGCAUUACCAUCCCAAGCUGUAGAAGUAUCAGGAUGGAAAGAAUUACCUCAUGUGGGUGAUGAAUUCAUUCAAGUUAAAAGUGAAGCCAUUGCCAAAAAAUAUAUUUCUAAAAGGGAAGCCUUAAUAGAAGUUGAAAAGAAUGCCUCUAGGGUUGAUAAAUUGAAUGACGAAAGAUAUGCAGAGUCUAUUAGACAAAAGGAGGCAAAGAAUAAAGAUGAAUUGGAUGAAGAUGAGGAUGAAACUACUACCACUAAUGUUUCAAUUGGACCCAAGUUGGUGAAUUUUAUUAUUAAAGCAGAUGUAUCUGGUUCUGCCGAGGCUAUUGAAGAAAGUAUUCAAGAUCUUGGUAAUGAAGAGGUUCAAUGUGGUGUUAUUUCUUCAUCUGUUGGAGUUCCAACAGAAACAGAUCUUAAGAUGGCAGAAAUAUCUAAUAGUGAAAUUUUAUGUUUUAAUUUAGAAAAUCUUCCAAAUGAUGUGAUAAAUAAUAAACAUGGUGUUUCAGUGAAGAAAUUUAACGUCAUUUAUAAAUUAAUAGAAACUGUAGUGGAAAUUUUAGAAAAUAAUAUGAAAAAAACUUUUGAAAAAAAUAUAGUAGCAACAGUUGACAUUAAAGAUAUAUUUGAAUUUAACAUGAAGAAGAAAAUUAUUAAAAUUGCUGGUUGUAAAGUUAAUAAUGGUCAAAUAAAUAGAAAUUCUAAAGUACAAGUAGUACGUGGUGAGAAUAAAGAGAUUGUAUAUGAUGGGACAUUAUCAUCAAUAAAGCAUGGUAAAGAUGAUAUAUCUAGUGCAUCUAAAGGUCGUGAAUGUGGGAUUACAUUCAACGGUAAUUUUGAACAAUUCAAAGCUGGUGAUAAAAUUUUAGUAUAUGAAGAAGUUGAAAUUCCUAGACACUUAUAA